AUGGAGGGAAUGUUUGAGAAAGAUGUGGAGCAGCGAUUGGGCAUUGUCUAUGCUGAGAGACAGCUGGCCUUGGAGGCGAAGAGCAAUUGGGAUGAGGCCAAUGCCUUGAUGUGGAACUAUGUGGCCGCCUUCAUCUCGGGGGUUCCAGUGGAGAAUCUGACAGAAGGAGAUGUGACCCGAGCUGCGCGGCAGUUCACCUUCAGGUUCCCCCGGCACGUGGAAGCCCAAGCGCUGCUCUUCGAGAUUGCUCAUGAGGUGGUUGGCCCUCGUGCCAGUGAUGCAGUCUAUGAUUUCGCACUUUUGCAGAAGAUUCUCUCCAAGUUUGGGCAGCGCCUGGGUGCAUUGGAGGACAACGAAUGCCAGGUGAUGAAGAACAAGUUGACAUCCCUCGAGUAUCAUAGCGGGAACGGUCUGGUGCGCUUGGGUGACUUCUACGGAGACCAGGAACACUUCACCGAGGGUGCCGACUAUUUGCGCUCCAGUGGUGUGCUGGAUGAAUCAGACCCCGAAGAUCCCAAGGUGAUUAUUCCAAACUACCUGGCCAGUCCAUCUAACUGCGUCCAGCCUGCUGGUGGCUCGGUUUGCUGCUUCGAUGAGUGUGAGGCCUUGAUGGAUCAGGUGGAGAAGAACUUGGAAGCGCCUAUGGGCAGCUUGGAACUUGCCAAGUUCUGUGGUCUCGGGCCUUGCUUCUGCCUCCCAGCCGGCCAACCGCACGCUGUCUCCUCGACUCUUGCAGCUUCUGGACGACGUGGCUGGCCAUCAUGGUGGAAUGGUGCCACUCCAUGGCCGUCUCUUUGCUCAAUGGAUGCACGAAGCCUAUCCACGGGAGUGCAGCUACCCAGCCACUGCCCAGCGCUCCUCGACAACACCGGAGCCAUGCCAGGACUCCGAGAAGGAAAAAUACACGCAAAUUGCGAAGAAGCACGAGAACCGCACAACCACCACAAGCACUCAAUGGAUCAUGAAGGAGGAACUCGUUGA